AUGACACAAACAUACUCAGUCACCAGGGCUGAACCUAUCCCCGUCCUACCGACAACAACAAAAUACAGGUCCAACGAAUCGGUUCGGAAGUCCCUUCCGGCGGUAUGGAUGCGCGCUGGCACAUCCAAGGGCCUAUUCCUCCAUCGCCGCCAUCUCCCCGCGUCGAAAACACUCUGGGAACCGAUUUUGCUAUCCGCCAUGGGCUCUAGUAAGGGAAGUUCUCGGCAAAUUGACGGGGUGGGCGGUGCAUCUUCGACAACGUCCAAGGUCGCCAUCGUAGAACGGUCGAAUCGACCCGGUGUCGAUGUCGAGUAUACGUUUGUGCAGGUGGCACCGGAUCAGCCACGAAUCGAUGUGACCGGGAAUUGUGGCAACAUUGCCUCGGGGGUGGGGCCUUUUGCACUGGAUGAGGGCCUUGUUAACAUCCCUGAGCGGGAAAAAGAGGUUGGUUUUCUUUCCUAUUUUCAGUGGGAAGAUGUAUGGGAAACUAGACUGAUUGAGAAGCCCCAGGUCAAUAUCAAGAUUUUCAACACCAAUACCGGACAACAUAUCGUUGAAACAGUCCAGGUCGCCACUGACGGCUCAUUUCGAGAGGAUGGCGACUAUGCGAUUCCAGGCGUUGAAGGUACAGCUAGCCCUAUCAGAGUUGCAUUCCUCAAGCCGUGCGGUAGUAUGACGGGCCAGAUGUUUCCGAGCGGAAUGCAUCAAGAGAUGCUAACGGUGCAAUCCCGGGGAUUUGGAACACUUGCCGUGCGAGUUAGCCUUGUUGACGCUGCCAAUCCGUUUGUGUUUGUUGAUGCAGCGUCCUUGCCAGUAGAAGCCUCGUCCAGUAUCGCGGAUGCUGCGGAUCCAGUCUUCCUGGCGCUAAUCGAGGAUAUUCGGAGGCAUGGCGCCGUGCGGUUUGGCCUGGCUGAGAAUGUGCAGGCUGCGGGUCAGGUUCGUGGUACCCCGAAGAUUGCCAUUUUGUCUCCCGCAACGGGUGACGUGGAUGGCGUGGACAUUGAGGUGAAGGCGUUCAGUAUGGGGAAACCCCAUGCGAGUCUGCAGUUGACGGGGGCGGUGUGUCUCGGUGCGGCGACGAUCAUACAUGGCACCAUCGCUUGGGACUUGGCCCAUGCGAAGGAAGGAAAAGAGUUGCCAAAGCAUGGAAUGUCGCUGGGAGACCACCAGAUUGCAGGUGCUGUGCCGGUCGGCAUCCGCCAUCCAGCCGGGGUCAUCCAUACGGAGACGGUCCUGGGUAUGGACAGGAAUGGCGCGAUCGACGUGGACCGGGUGGCGGUUUAUCGGACGGCUCGACGGCUUUUCGAGGGCCGUGUGUUUUAUAGACCUUAGAUGGAGUGGUUUCCUGGGUUCACUGGACAUAGAGCAAACUAUAACUGGCCCAAUAUAGAAUGCAUGCAGGCAGCUGCCAAUACAGGAUGCGGGGCGUUCCGAUCGAUUCGUCACACUUGUUGUUUGGCAUUGAGUAGAUACAUCUUAAUUGUCCGUGAAUGCAUUAUCCUGCGGAGAACCGUUGAAGCCAAACAGCAUAUCAUCGAACCUAGGAUAAGAGUACGUCUCCUCAUACUGGCCUACUACGGGAGCCAUAGGAGCCGGAUUGGUCGAAUGAGGUACCGUAGGUCCAAAAGAGAGAUCUAUGGGUUCGCGCAUCUGUCCGUCUGCGGGUCUAGGCUGUGUUCCAAUGAAGCUUUGAAUAACCAUUUCGAUGUCCAGCUCGGACGGUUCAAUUUCCGGCAGAGAUUCGUGAUUGAUCCCAGGCGCCGGUCCCAACGGUCCUUCGGCUGAGAUAGUUAAAGGGUCUGACCGGGCUUCUAUACGGCUCGGACUGUCGUCGACCACAGUCGCGCAAUCAUCUAAACGAACACCCAUGCGAUCCAUGAGGUGUAAGAUCACAUUGUGGGCUCGUCGCACCGCCCAAUUUGUCUCUUGAUUCUUCUUGAAUAUGUCGAGGCAGCUCUGGAGGCUGGUGUGAGCCCGACUGACACGCUCUCGUUGGGCUGCGACUCGAAC